AUGAAGGGUACCAUGGUCAUACCAACACCAGCUGCACUCAUGCAGCCCCAAACAAGUAUAGAACCUUCACCGUGUUUCACUGUGGGUCACAAGUUUUAUGAAUUAUUCAUUUCAUCGCCCUUCGGUGAUGUUACCUAUCCCAACAUGUAUAUUUCGGAAUAUGUUUGGCAUAACGUUGAUACACUUCCAAAACAAACUGCAUUGGAAUGUGGUAUUACCGGUAGGAAAUAUACGUACGGUCAAACAAGGAAAGCUACAAAUUACAUUGCAAGAAGUUUAAGAAAUUUAAAUUUCAAGGAAGAUGAUUUUAUUGCCUUGAUGGCACCCAAUUUGCCAGAAUGGAGUUUAGCUUUCUUCGGUAUUUUGGAGGCAGGUCUCAACGUCACAACUAUCAAUCCACAAUACACGAUUAUUUUACGAAGAACAAUAACGUUAUACAAUUACGUCAACGAAAAUUACGAAUUGAUAAUCGAUGGAUUUAAAAAUUUAUAUGAUUUGAUUAAUCGCGGUAAGAAUUUUCCGCCAUUGAAAAUCUUAAACCGUUCCAUAAAUGAUUUCGCAGUUUUACUUUUUUCGAGUGGGACAACAGGAUUGCCGAAAGAUGUGAUGUUAACGUAUACUAAUUUAGUUGCAAAUAUGGAAAUGAGCAAAAAAUUUCACUUUCGUGUAAAUCAAGAAGUUAUAGAAGUAUUCUUACCUUUCUUUAACAUUUUCGGCAUGAACGGUAUCUUGUUACCUUGUCUGAUGACUGGAGUAAAACUCGUUACUCUUACCAGAUUCUAACCGCAUACAUUUAUCGACGUUCUCAUUGAACAUAAGGUACAAAAAUUUUAA